AUGGCUUCCAAAAAUGACCGCGACCCGACGGGUCAUCCCCGCGGAGAGCCGGUGCUCUCAGGCAACACCUCCGUGGCGUCAGACAUCCAAAUAGAUCCAACAAACCAAGACCUGGAGGCCCUGGCACCCCCAUGUUUAGCAGCUGGGUUGAGUACGGCACUAACUGACACCUGGGAUGUGGAUGUGGAGGGGGGAGCAUCGCUAUCUUUGCGACGAUUCAGCAGUGGCGGCGGCGGUAGCAGAGGCGGAAGGUUCGCCACCGGCGAUGCCGUACGGAGUUCAUCGAGUUGCGGCGCGCUGUGGGAGGUGGACGAGACUCACCGGCACUCCUGGGGCUCGUACGACGGCGGCGGUGCCGGCGGCAGUGGAUAUGGCAACAGGUACGGCAAUCCGUACGGCGCCGAUGAGGGUGCGGAGGAUGCUCAGCGGGGCUCAUGGGGCUCCGACGAUGCCGCUGGGACCGUGUACGGCAGCUAUCGCUGUGGCGGCGGCGCCGCCGUGGCGAGGUCUGGCGGCGCCCCCCAUGCCGCCGAGGUCCCCGCCGCCGGGCCCCUGGCUGGCUCUGUGGUGGCGAGGCAGCGAUGGCGGCGGGCGGUGGCGGCGGUGGGGGAAGUACGGCGCCUGCACCGCAGCGCACAGACGCUGGCGGACAAACACUCGCUGCCAGCAGACCGGUUAUUUGCGGCCCUCACCCUCGCCCUCCAACGCCACAACUGGGCCCAGAUCAUGUCACCGACACACAACCCGCACCGCACACUGCUAAGACAUUACGUGGAUAAGAAGCUUGCGGGGCAGUGGGGCAGCUGGUGGGAGAGGUUGGAGGCGGAGUUCAUUAUCACGGGAACCAUCGUGUUUGACUGGUGUACCCCCGCACGGCUUGGGGAGCACUGGCCGCUGUUCACGGGGACCUUCCUGCUGACGGCGGGGCUGCUGUUCGCCUUCAUGGCGGGCCAGUUUCCGUACUUUGCUGCGCUGGAGGCGGCGGCGGCGGCGGGGGGGGCCUGCAGCGAGCAGCUGGCGGCGGCUGCGGGUGCGGGUGCGGCCAAGGACGUGGCGGACAAAUGGCCGGCGGGCACGGGGAAGAGCUGGUCGGCGUGCUUCCUGACAGCCCACAGCGGUCCUAGGUUCCUGGGGGACGUGGUGCUGCAGGCCCCCGGCAGCGAGCCCGCCACCACCUUCAGCGACGGAUUCCUCCGGGCCUGGGGCGGGCUGUAUGCCCCGGAUGUGCAGCGGGGGCAGGUGUACCGGUGGCUAACCGGCCCGCUGCUGCACAUCACCUUCCGACAUGCCGCCGCCAACCUGGCAUUGACGGCGGCGCUGGGCUGGCAAAUGGAGGCGAAGUACGGCACCGUACGGGUGAUGACCGUUUGGUUGGCGGCGGUUGUGGGGGGGGAGUUGUUGAGUGUUGCUGUGGAGGACCCUUGUCGUCAGCUGGUGGGCUGCAGUGGCGGCGCGUUCGGGCUGCUGGGUUUGUUCUGCGCGGACACUUUGCUCCAUUUCUCCUCCCUCCGCCGGCCAAUACUCCGAUGCGCCACCAUCGCUGUGCUGUUGGGCUUCCUAGUCUACACGCUGGCCGUACAGCAAGGCAACAUGUCCUCCAUGGCUCAUGUUGGCGGCCUGCUAUGCGGGCUGCUGCCAGCCCUGAUGGUGCUGCCGCGUCUGGGGUCAGAACAUUGGGAGGCGGCCUGGCCAGCCCUGGGGCUUCUGGCGGUGGUCGUGUGUUUUGCCGUACUGCCAGCCUGGGUCUACACACGGCGACUACCAGCAGCUGUCGUACAGUGCCUCCAACAAGCAUCGCGGCCGGCACCGGCGUUAACACGGUAG